AUGGGGGUAAACUUAGAAGGUUGGUAUUUUAACCAGAUCAAGGGUACUUGCGAAGAUGUAAAUGAAGCUGACAUUAUAUCUUGUGUCGAAUAUGAUAAAACUGGAGAUUUUCUAGCAACCGGUGAUCACGGUGGUCGGAUUGUGAUUUUUAAACGUGAAAAUGAGGGAAAACUUCAGAAGUGUGUUAGCCACAAUGUGUACUGCACAUUUGUAAGUCAUGAACCGGAAUUCGACUACCUUAAAUCACUGGAAAUUGAAGAGAAAAUCAAUAAGAUUCGGUGGUUACCACGAGCUAAUCACGCACGGUUUUUAAUCUCUACAAAUGAUAAAACGAUAAAACUAUGGCGUAUUACCGAACGUUGUCGACGUGUUGCUCCUUCGGCUGGUUGUGGUAUAUCUUCAAAUUAUUUUUUACACACUAAUGAUGGUGAAAAUGGUGACGAUAGUCUGUCCUCAAAGCAGUCAGUGCCACAUCGAAUUUAUCAUAAGGAAGAUUUACGUGUACCGUACUAUGAAGAUAUUGAGCCUGUAAUGGAUGCACAUCCUAAGCGAAUAUUUGCUAAUGCACACGCAUACCUGAUAAAUUCCUUAUCAGUGAAUUCAGAUCAAGAAACUUUUUUGUCCGCGGAUGAUUUAAGAAUCAAUCUAUGGAAUCUAGAAAUUACUGACCAGUCAUUCAAUAUUGUCGAUUUGAAACCACUGAAUAUGGAAGAUUUAUCAGAAGUGAUAACAGCUGCACAAUUUCAUCCAUCUGCAUGUUCCUUGUUUAUCUAUAGUAGUAGUAAAGGUACAAUACGUCUGUGUGAUAUGCGUCAACGUGCAUUAUGUGACGAACACGCGUUAUCAUUUGAGGAAACAGAUGAUCCAAUGAGUCGAUGUUUUUUCUCCGAGAUUAUCAACAAUAUAUCGGAUUUAAAUUUUAGUCAUUCCGGCAGAUAUAUUUUAAGUCGCGACUACUUAACAUUAAAAGUUUGGGACUUAAACAUGCCUUGCCAACCGGUUGAAACGUAUCUGGUUCAUGAUUAUUUCCGUACAAAAUUGUGUGCACUUUACGAAAAUGAUUGUAUAUUUGACAAAUUCGAAUGCCAAUGGUCACCGAAUGACGAGUAUGUAGUGACGGGUUCAUAUAACAAUUAUUUCCGUGUAUUUGAGCGAAACACAUCAAGAGAUUUACUAAUGGAAGCAUCUCGUGAAGCAAUGGAAAACAGUCUGUGCGGUAAGCUGAAACCUUGUCAAGUAGUCUGUGAUGGAACAAGUGGAGCCACCUCAACAUCAUGGUCUGAGGGUAAAAUCAAUGUUGAAUGUAUGGAUUUAACACGUAAACUGCUGCAUUUAUCCUGGCAUCCACGUGAAAAUACCCUAGCAUUGGCUGGUACAAGUAGUCUAUAUCUGUUAGACUAUUAUCCUUGUGAUAAUAAGAUGGAAAUAUCUCGAACUGACAGCUCUCAUCUGUUGAAUGGUGGUAUUAUGACUUCAACAUCAUCUGGUGAUGUCAUUGUAAAGUGA